UGCCGUGGCCCAAGCAGAGCAACAAGAAGGAAGUCACCUUUGCCAUCGAGGACGGCAGCGAGGCCAGUGCCAGCCCCCUCCUCGAUCAGCUGCUGCCGAAGUACAUGGCCGCCCUGGGCGCCAAGCAGGACGACCAGGUCCAAGCCAUGCUGCUGGUCUGUCCCGAGCUGGGCGAGGCUGCGAAGCCACCGCCGCCCAAGGCGCCUGAGGUCUUGCUGGGACAGUAUGCAGCCGAGGCUGAGGUCAACCGCAUCACGAGUCCCAUCACGGCUGCGCAGAGAACGGCCAGUGGAUCUUCCCAACGGACCGACGGCGACAAGCCUGACAACGAAGGCUUCCACUUCCCAGAGCUCAUUGCCGAGGACGUCGAGCUCCUCACCCCCGAGCAGAAGAAGACGUACGAGGAGGCGCUGGUGCACGCGCAGCAGGCCCAGCAGGUCUACAAGUCGGCGGCGGACAUCGGCCAGAAGGCGCAGGAGGCGGCAAGCACGCUCAGGGAGCUCCGCGAGAAGGCCACCACGGCGAAGCGGCGCAAAGCCGACAGCGCCGCAGGCGUGGCAGCAGGAGCCCCAGCAGUACCACCUGAACGAGCAACUGGAGCUGGAGGAGUAGAAGAGGGGCCAGCAGCGGGACCUCCUGACUUCAGUGACCCGAAGAACGUGGACGCCUACAUCCAGCGCGCGGCGGCCAUCAAGGCCAGGGCAGCGGCGGCGGAGCGCAGCCACGUUUUCAUCUUCUUCGGGAGUGUGACCAGCUAUGGCCCCAAGAUCAAGAGGUUUAUCGAGCAGUCGCACUUCGAUCUCAUGGGCUUGGCUGAGCACCACCUGGCGCAAGUGAUGUGCCAGAGGGAGGAGAAGCGGCUGCGCAAUUUUGGACGAGGAUCUGAAGGGGCCUGGACUGCUGCAGCGGCAUCGAGGCGCUCGGACAAGGGCGCGCACGGGGGCGCGUGUUGGCUUCGCCGAGCUACCUACGCCACUAGCAUCCACCUGGAGGGCUCCAACGGCAAGAGUUUUUACCACGACAUGCUCAACGACAUUUCUGUGGUCUUGUGCACUAUGGAGAAGCAGAAGUCAGGGUGGUUGAAAGCGCUGGACGGCAACGUGUUUACUCCAGAAGGCGUCCAGAUAUCCUGCACCUCGGGCAAGGGCCGCAUGAAUGACUACGUGGUUGUGCCCGACCGUGUCCGCCCCUUCCUGGAUGGCGCCCACCCUGCCCAGGACCUGCCAUGGGGCCCGCGCGUCGGCUUGGACAUCCGCUUGGUCUCUCGCCCAGCUUCGGUGUUCGUGCGAGCCCCAUGCCUCCCUGCACAACUUGAAGCACCUCGGGGCGAGGUUCGCGUCGCCAAGGGAGUGAUGCGUUGCCAGCGUGAUCGGCAGCGACAUCAGAAGCUUCAGGAGGCGCGCGACGUGCAGGACCUCCCGCGCGGCGACUUGCUCAAUGAUGAGGGCGACCACCUGUUCGAGGACCACUGCGCGCAGCAUCGCCCCCGGCGGUGCGAGGAUAGCGAGCGGCCCGCCUACGUGCACGAGGCGCAGCAGAUCGUCGACGACAGCAACUUGCAGGGCAGCGACGUCACCGCCCAGGGCGUGGCGUAUCAGCGCGGCCCGCGCAUGGGCGACAUGAUGGCUAAGCAGCAUGCAGUCUGGUCGGUGGCAGCCGCAGCGCAACUAGCUGAACUGUGUGAGUCGCACCUAAAGACGCUGCUCGUCGAGCCCACCAACUCCAUCUACGGUCACUCGGUAGCCAGCGAGAUGUGCAGUCUCUGGGCUAGUUUUCAUGCGGGGGACCAGGGGCAGCUGAUCGCACUGGGCAUAUUCAAGUACUCUCGUUACCAAAUACAGGCGAUCGACAACAUCAAGGGCUCCAUGAAGGGCGCCCACCGCUACCUCAAGAAGCUGGAGCAGCAGGCGUUGGCGGAGACCUGCCUGGAUGUCGCUGGGCAGGAGGUGCGCGACGCGGUGCAGAUGACUACUGAGAUCAGAGCGGCCUGCUGGGCGGAGCGGUGGACGCCCCAGUCGCGCCGAUUGCCGGCGAUCCGCGCUGUCCUCGGUGAGCUUCGUCACCGUGCCCACGGGGAGCUAGCGCGGCGACCCUGCCACGACCGCGACAGCCCGGUGCAGGCCCUGCGGUCUUUCCCGAAGUCCACGGGCAAGGGUUCGGGUCAGCGGGCGCCCUCCCGCAUUCUGGUGCUGUCCGACCAGGAGCAGGAGGCCUUUGUCACGCUCUUGAACAUGAUCGAGCGCAGGCACGAGACCGGCAACGAGUGCGACGCCGGCCUGCUGCCCAUGCCAGUUCGCAUCUGGGGUCGCAUGACGAAGACCGCUAUGACGGCCGCGAUGCUCACCAUGAUGCUGGAUGAGACCAGGGCGCGCGUGGGCAUCAACGAGCAGAGCAACUUCCUGGUGGACGUCGAGAAGUUCUACGACCAUGUGGAUCUGGAGCUCAUGAUCCGCCAGGCGAGCGGCGCUUUCGCAGAGGCCAUCGUUCCCAACCGCUCCAUCGUGCCAGGCUACGGGAAGGCCAACCAGUGUGCGCGCGUCUUCCGGCAGCGGCCACUUGAACGUGCUUUAAUACAGGGCAUGUUGGACACGGGUCUGAAGGUCUCGCCGAAGUCCAUGCUGAUGAUGACCAACCCCGAGCACGAGGACCUGGUGUUGCAGCAUGUCGUCUCCGCCACGGGCAUCAGUAUCAAGAAGACGACAUGGGCCAAGGACCUGGGAGUGGACUGUUCGAUGGGAGUUCUGCGAGCUUGCACUACCACCAAGGGCCGUAUGACAGUGGCGCAGGCGCGCGCCAAAUCAGCUGGCUACCAGAUAGAUGAUGAUUGUCCGCGCUGCGAGUUGGCAAAGGACACGAUCGCCCACCGCCUGUGCGACUGCAUGCAGAACGCUGGGGUCGAGCACGAGUGGGUGCUCCGCACGGGAGGGUGGCUGAAGGCGCUGGACGGCAACGCGUUUACACCAGAAGGCGUCCAGACAUCCUGCACCUCGGGCAAGGGUGGCAUGAUUGACUACGUGAUUGUGCCCGACAGUUUCCGCCCCUUCCUGGAUGGCGUCUACCCUGUUCGCGUCGCCAAGGGAGUGGCGCGUUGGCAGCGUGAUCGGCAGCGACAUCAGAAGCUUCAGGAGGCGCGUAACGAGCAGGACCUUCAGCGCGGCGACUGGCUCAAUGGUGAGGGCGACCACCUGUUCGAGGACCACUGCGUGCAGCAUCGCCACCGGCGGUGCGAGGAUAGCGAGCGGCCCUCCUGCGUGCGCGAGGCGCAGCAGAUCGUCGACGACAGCAACUUGCAGGGCAGCGACGUCACCACCCAGGGCGUGGCGUAUCAGCAGGGCCCGCACAUGGGCGACAUGAUGGCUCAGCAGUAUGCAGUCUGGGACCAGGAGCAGCUGACCGCAUUGGGCAUAUUCAGGCACUCUCGUUACCAAAGACAGGUUCAGACUACGAUGUCCACUUCUCUUCCGGAGCUGAAGUCGCUGCGUGACAGGGAAGGCGUUGGCGGAGACCUGCCUGGUGCCGCUGGGCAGGAGGCGCGCGACACGGUGCAGAGAACCACUGAGAUCAGAGCGGCCUGCUGGGCGGAGCGGUGGACGCCCCAGUCGCGCCGAUUGCCGGCGAUCCGCGCUGCCCUCGGUGAGCUUCGUCACCGCGCCCGCGGGGAGCUAGCUCAGCGACCCUGCCACGACAGCGACAGCCCGGUGCAGGCCCUGCGGUCUUUCCCGAAGUCCACGGGCAAGGGUUCGGGUCAGUGGGCGCCCUCCCGCAUUCUGGCGCUGUCCGACCAGGGACAGGAGGCCUUUGUCACGCUCUUGAACAUGAUCGAGCGCAGCUUCACUUGGCCGCAUCAGUUGCUUCGCAACUGGUGCGCCCUGCUCCCGCAGGGCACCAAGCAGGAGAUCGGCAACGAGUGCGACGCCGCGCGCUGGGGCGCCGCCGUCAAGAGCAGCAACGCGCUCCACGCCGCGAUGCUCACCAUGGUGCUGGAUGAGACCAUGGCGCACGUGGGCAUCAACGAGCAGAGCAACUUCCUGGUGGCCAUCGUUCCCAACCGCCCCAUCGUGCCAGGCUGCGGGAAGGCCAACCAGUGCGCGCGCGUCUUCCGGCAGCGGCCACUUGAACGUGCUCUAGUGCAGGGCAUGUUGGACAUGGGUCUGAAGGUCUCGCCGAAGUCCAUGCUGAUGAUGACCAACCCCGAGCGCGAGGACCUGGUGUUGCAGCAUGUCGCCUCCGCCACGGGCAUCAAUAUCAAGAUGUCGAAAGGGGCCAAGGACCUGGGAGUGGACUGUUCGAUGGGAGUUCUGCGAGCUUGCACUACCACCAAGGGCCGUAUGACAGUGGCGCAGGACACGAUAGCCCACCGCCUGUGCGACUGCAUGCAGAACGCUGGACUCGAGCACGAGCGGGUGCUCCGCACGGUUGUGCUCCAGAGCGCGGGCGCCGCGCACCUGCUGAGCUACAGGGCCUGCUCGCUGAACAUGGACGAACGCAUGGCACCUGACCACCAGCCAGACGACAACGCCGAUACUGCAGCACGGGACCACUGGACGCUGAGCAUCAAUUUCAACAUCAUCACGAACAUAGAGGGCCAGCACAUGCAGGAUUACAACACGCUGGUCUUGAAUUGCUGGACGCUGAGCUUCAAUUUCAACAUCAACACGGACACGGAGGGCCAGUACAUGCAGGAUUACACCACGCAGACCAUGAAUUGCCACCAGUGGAACAAGUGCGCGCUGACCCUGAAUUGCCACCUGGAAUUGAUUUUCGACAUGAACGGCCCGACCUACGGGGCCGCGCAGGCGCCGUCGAGCUUCACCGAGACACUCACCGACGCUCCCACUCGCGUCACACCUAUCCUGUUCACAGACCUCAACCAUGGACUAGGACGACGAUCACGUCAGCUCCAUACUGACAGUGCGAUCGGCAGCUACCACGCCAGCGACGAGACCGAGUUCGGACGCUUCAUUCACGACCAGCUGCUGACCCAUCAGCUGACAGCCAUCAACACGCACAUUGACGUGGGCAACACCUACUACGGGCCCAACCAAGCUAGAUCACGCAUUGACUACUUCAUCGGCUACGACAAUCUCAUGGAGAUCGUGAAAUACGUGAAGCUCGGCGCCAACAUCACGAACAACAGCAUCCGCUGGGACUUCGGCCUCCUUGCUGCUGGGCUCCAGACGGGCGCCCGCCGCGCUGCUUUUCUCAAUGACGUCUACGCCGAGAUCAGCAACCACAGGGAGGAGGACAACCACAAAGGUACCAACGAGCUCGACUUGAACGUCUCCGCUUGCUUAAAGAACGUGCCGACUACCGAGCUCGACGACUACCCUUCAACCGUGCGGCCCUGCGCGAGGUCCAACGACGACUACGAGCGCGCCAACGCUGGAUGGACCACUGGUGGAAAGUCAGUCUCGACCAGGACACCCCUGCUGCACGCGCUGCCAUUCGUCAGUCGGUGGAACACAUCGUGGGCAGCGACCUUCGCAGCAGAGCGAGACACCGACCACUUCGACGACUACGGGCAGCACAGCGUUCAGCAGCAGAAGUACAUGCAACACCUCAAGGGACACCUCGGGUGGCUAUUGUUUCCUCUGCGCCUACUCUUCCUGUGCUACCUCCUGGACCAGGGGAUGGCGCCCAAGCAGAGAGCGUCGUGGCGACUCCCGCUGGGCUCCUCCCAGGGCUCGACGGGCUCUGGCACCGCCUCCAGCGCCGCGGCAGCAGCCGCGCCCAUCGAGGUGGACGAGGGAGACAACGGCGAAAAGGACAUGAAGACCGACCAGCCCAGCCGACGCCCAGCCCGCCGUGGAGGACGCCGCGGGCGCCGCGGCACUCACAACCCCAAGGCCUGGAGCAGCAAGGACAAGAACUUGCUGGACGUGCUUCGGUCGACCCUGAAGCUGCUGCUCCAGACGACGCACAAGACUAGGCUGAACAGCAGCAUCAACACGGACACCUACACGAUGAGCAACGAGCAUCCAGUGAUCAUAGCCAUCACGCAGGAGCUCGAGGGCUACAAGCACACCUUGGACUCCCUCAGGAAGAGCGGCACCCCAGAGGACAAGAAACGCCUGCAGGAGAUAGGAUCUCCAGCCCCGUCCCUCGCGCUCGCGGCCUUGGAAGGAUCGCGCAAGUGCGACGCGGGCGGAUCCAUGAAGGGGGCCAUUCGCAACUACCUGCUCCGAGCGGAGCCCGAGGACAUCGAGGCGGAGGCCGAGAUCAGCAAGGAGGAUCUCCUCGACGUCAUCUCCUUCGUGCGCCUGGAGAAGUGCUACGACGACACCAAGACGAAGCUGGUGAUCGGCGCGCCCAUGUGGGAGGGCCGAGUCUUGAUCAGCCGCGCCCUCGAGGCCGAGGGCCAAGCGGUCCACCGCAGAGGCGUGGCCCCAGCGGGCUGGCUCGAGGAAGAGGUCGGCCACUGGCUGGAGACCCUCGAGCAGAGCUAUUCGAGGUGGAGGCCCUACCUGAGUUCGAUACAAUCGCCGAAGACGAAGCGGCCGAACACCUUUUCAGCUAGCACCUGCACGUUGCUCGGCAUGCGCUGCGCAG